UCUCCUACUCUCCUAUUUAUUCUAUAAAUAGCCACAUUCUCUUGCAGUCCAUCAUUCAAGUUGUGGGAUACUAACUGAUCGAGUCUAGGUAUCGAUCGAUAGAUCGUCUCAUGGCUCCCAGAAAGAUUGUUAGCGUUGUUUUCCUUGUGAUGCUAAGUGUAGGCAUCUGUUCUGCUACUCGAGUCCUCUUGAGUUAUACUGAAGACAUUGUUCAUGCUGCGACCAUCGGCCAUGCUGGUGGUGGAGGAGGAGGAGGUGGUUCGGGAGGUGGAGGAGGUGCUGGGGGUGGAGGUGGAGCCGGGGGUUCUGGAUAUGGAAGUGGGUCUGGUGAAGGAGGGGGUGCAGGCUACGGUGCUGGUGGAGCGGAGGCAGCCGGGUAUGGUGGAGGUGGAGGAGGAGGUAGUGGUGGAGGUGGAGGUGGUGGUGUAGGUUAUGAGGGAGCAGGGAAGGGUGGCGGUGAAGGGAGUGGUUCCGGAGGUGGUGCAGGUUAUGGUGCUGGAGGAGCAGCGGGAGGUGGACAUGGUGGUGGAGGAGGCGGUGGGAGUGGUGGUGGAGGUGGAGGUGGAGCCGGUGGUGCAGGUGGAGGUUAUGGUGGUGGUUCAGGAUCUGGUGGAGGUUAUGGUGCUGGUGGUUCGGCUGCUGGUGGAGGCGGUGGGUACGGUGGUGGCGGUGGAGGUGGUUCCGGUGGUGGUGCAGGUGCGCACGGUGGUGGAGCUGGCUAUGGAGGUGGUGCUGGGAGGGGUGAGGGCGGUGGUCAUGGUGGCUAUGCACCCUGAUCGAUAGCACACCUUCCUCAGGGUCUACGGAUCAAACACCUAGCCUCUUCUUACCAAAAGUAUUAAGAACAAUAAAUUUUAAUGCGGUAAGAAGAGGAUGAUUAUAGUUAUUUUUUACUACGAUGAUGGUUGUAAAAAAAAAAUCCCAAAAGGGAUGGUAUGAUUGCUGCUACGCGAGCUGGUUGUAUGAUACAAUUGGAGCAGAUUGACUGGUUCAAUUGAUUAUUACCAAAUUACUAUGUGUGAAAUAUUGAUGUAGUA